AAAAUCCUUAAACCCUAACCCAACACUCCAUCACCUUCUCUGCACAUAAAACCUCCAAACAAUCACCGUUCCUUGUCAUCCACCGCUCCAAACAUGAAGAAACCGAAGCAAAAACCAAACAGCAAGACAGUUCGUAUGAACGAAGUCGAAGAAAUCGAAACCCUGAACUCAUGGAUCGACUCUCAGAAGCCGGACUCGGGGACCAAUCCUUUAUCGUUUCCGCCGCUCGAUAAAAAAGCACCCGUCGGGCGGAUUGGUGAGAACGAGUUCUCGGCGUACGCGGGGUCCACGAGAUUCGAUCAAUUGCCCAUAUCAAGGAGGACCAAAAAUGGGCUAAAAGAAGCUGGCUUUGUGAAAAUGACUGAUAUACAAAGAGCUGCUUUGCCGCAUUCAUUGUGUGGGAGAGAUAUUUUGGGAGCAGCCAAAACUGGGUCCGGAAAAACUUUAGGUUUUGUAAUUCCGAUUUUGGAGAAGUUGUAUAGAGAGAGAUGGGGUCCCGAGGAUGGUGUAGGCAGUAUUAUAAUAUCUCCUACUAGGGAAUUAGCUGAUCAACUAUUUGAUGUAUUGAAAGCUGUUGGAAAGUACCAUAAUUUUAGUGCUGGCCUUUUAAUUGGUGGUCGCAAAGAUGUUGAUACAGAGAAGGAGCGUGUAAACGAGCUGAACAUAUUGGUGUGCACCCCUGGUCGGCUCCUUCAGCACAUGGAUGAGACACCAAACUUUGAAUGUUCACAGCUUCAGGUUUUGGUGCUUGAUGAGGCAGAUCGUAUUCUUGAUGUUGGCUUCAAGAAGACUUUAAAUGCAAUUGUCUCACAGCUACCAAGACACAGACAGACUUUUCUUUUUUCUGCUACUCAAACAAAGUCUGUUCAGGAUCUUGCAAGACUCAGCUUAAAGGACCCUGAGUAUCUCAGUGUGCACGAGGAGUCUGUGACAGCUACUCCUAAUCACUUGCAGCAGACUGCAAUGAUCGUUCCUCUUGACCAAAAGCUGGACAUGUUGUGGAGUUUCAUAAAGGCACACCUUAAUUCAAAGAUUCUUGUGUUUCUUUCAAGCUGCAAACAGGUAAAAUUUGUCUUUGAAGCAUUUAAGAAAUUGCGUCCUGGUAUACCUUUGAAGUGUCUUCAUGGUAGGAUGAAGCAGCAGAGAAGAAUGGGAAUAUAUUCCCAGUUCUGUGAGAAGCGUUCAGUUCUUUUCUCUACAGAUGUGGCCUCAAGAGGUCUUGAUUUUAAUAAGGCAGUUGACUGGGUUGUCCAGGUGGAUUGUCCAGAAGAUGCUGCAUCCUACAUACACCGAGUUGGUCGAACUGCUCGCUAUAAUUCUGGUGGGAGGUCGGUUUUAUUUCUAAUGCCUUCAGAGAUGAAAAUGCUUGAAAAUUUGCGAGAAGCAAAAAUACCCAUACAGUUUACUAAGGCAAACACGAAAAGGCUGCAACCAGUUUCUGGAUUGUUGUCAGCUUUACUUGUCAAAUAUCCAGAUAUGCAGCAGCUGGCACAAAGGGCCUUCAUCACAUAUAUACGGUCUAUUCACAUUCAAAAGGAUAAAGAGGUUUUUGAUGUUAUGAAACUUUCUAUCGAUGAAUUUUCAGCCUCGUUGGGUCUUCCUAUGACCCCAAAAAUCCGAUUUCUGAACCAAAAGAUGAAGGAAAAAAAGUUGCUCGAAAGACCUCCAGUUCUUGAACUAGAAAAUGAUGAUGAGGAUGCAUCAGCGAUUCCCAAAGAGGAGCUGCUUAUCGAUGAUUCCAUUGAAGAUAAGGUGGAGAAGGAUAUUCUUCUGACGAAGGACAACGAGUAUGAGGGGAAAGCUAGCUUGAUAGAAGACAUUAUACCAGCAACUAGGAUUUUGAAGAAAAAGAAGUUGAAGAUAAACGUCCAUAGACCUGUGGGGACCAGGGUUGUCUUUGAUGAGGAAGGCAACACACUACCUCCACUUGCAAUGGUGGCUGACCCCAAAAGUGGCAACUUCCCACUUGAUCCAGACCAAAAAUCCGAGUACUAUAGGAAACUAAGAGAAGAUAUGAAGCGUGCUGACAAGGAAGACAAGCUUCUUGAUCGCCAGCGUCGUAGGGAGAAACGAGUGAAGCAGAAGAUGAAGUGGAAGAAAGGGGACAUGGAAGAAGAAGAUGAAGAUGGUCUCUCUGGGUCAGAAGAAGAAAUGGAGCAUGGAAGAAGGAAAAGGUCAAAGAUAUACUUUGAUAGUGGAAGUGAUAAUGAUAAUGACAAUGAAGAUGGUGAGACAAAAGAAAACAAAACCAGCAAAGAUUCCAAAGGUGAUUCUAUUACUCUGGAAGAGCAAGAAGCACUGGCUCUUAAGUUGUUGAACUCACUGCACUCAUAAUUUUGAGCUUGUACAAGUUUUUUGUUGUGAAACUUUGUUGCCAGAAAACAUGUUCUGGUUUUUAAGCUGCGGUAUUAGUUGUAGAAUAUUGAGUAUUCGGAAAUGUUAUGCUGGCAACUUUUGUUUUGCAUGAAUCAACAUUUAAAUGAAGUAACA